UAUCAGCCCCAACACUGUUCAAACGUUGCAUUACAAAGUGCUGUUGAUAACAACGUGGGAUAUCGCCAAGAAAGUUUCAUAUGUGCCAAGUAGCGAAUAUUGGGCAUCAACCAUUAUCUCGGUACCGUUGCCGCGAACGGACGAACCUCGUGAUAAUCACCAGUUCGUAUAAAUCACCAGUUGAACUGAUAAUCAGCAUUUGUCUUCUACAGCUUCUAGAAACAGAAAACGUUCCGCUGGAAUCUGGUGGUGUUUUGGUUGUGAGACCACAUUUACAUAAAGAAUUGCUCAGAGGCGAUAUAGACAUCACGCAACCUUUAAGACAGAAUCCAUCGGGACCUAGGCCGGACCCUGCAGUCAUCUUCCGAGAUUACCAUACAGAGCACGGUGAUAUUAAUUGAUGACGAAGAUAUGCGAGAUGCUGCGGCAGGUCAUCCGUUGGUUACGGAGUUGCCGUUACCGUUUAUCGGAAACGGUUCCGCUGUGCAAAUGUCACUGACUGCUUGAGCAUCUGUGCAGCAAAUUGGAGAUUCCACCAGAGUUACGCUGACUGCGUCGUUUCAUCUACCGUACCGAUGAUUUCCGCUUAUCCAACGUUUCAUACCAAAUGCACUGACCAGAUUGGCAGAUAGAACUUAUCAGUAGAAAAAUGCCUCGCUGAUAAAGUCAGUUCAUCAACAGAGCGCGGAGGCCUUCCCGAUGGGAUACCAUCGGUUCAAAACAAGCAAGUCAACCCCUAACUGUAAACUUUACAGGGUGAUCCUGGGGUUUGGGCCCGGAAUGGUCGGUGAUCUGCGACGCCCCCCAAUCGUUCGCAGCCAACCAAUACGGCACAAGCGAACCAUCCCCCAUCCCUGAUGACAUGCGCGAAUUGUUCCAGAAGGAUACUGUAUAAAGGUAAAAUUUGGAGACGCGCCUCCUGUUGGCGUGCUUCUUAUUUCCGGCUGCCGAGGAGUAAUGCCGUGUUGGAAAAUUUGCCUGUCUCGGCUGCACCGACGUCAGCCUUGUUUUUUCUUCCUUUGCAACAAACUUCCUUCGCAAAUAUUCAGCUGUAAUUGUAAAGAGGGUGAUAUGAGACCACUGGGAAAGCAGGCCAUUUUAUGAUAAACGCACUGGUAUUUAAUCAAGGGGUCUCGGAGUGGACUCGGC